AUGUCAAGAGCUCCAACUGAGAUAAGAUUCAUUCUCAGCUCUGGGACAUGCCGAACAUCUUUCAACACCAAUGUACAUCCAACAUUGGUCUUUAAAUGCACAUCACCAAUACCAGCAAUGCUUGAGAAACUGGUGUUUCCCAUCUUCAUGGUAUCAUGCUCCGAGGUAGUGCACUCCAACACAAACUACGACCACCUUCUCUUCUUGGACCCCUCUGUCCUUAAAAGGGAAGACAGUGAAGAUCGAAUAGUUGCAUCCAGGUUUCUCAUUCCUAAGUUGAGAAUUUUUUUGGAAGCAAGACGUGGCAAGAUUCUUGUGCUAGGAUUUUGGAGGUUGUGUUCAUUCAGAGCAGAUUACUUUUGCUCAGUGAUGGUGCAAUUCUAUUUGAAGCUCAAAGCAAAAACAGGAUCGCAUCCUCAAAUUGUAAAGACGUAUCCUCAAUUUAAUUCCUUUGGACCUGCUAAAUGCUCCUUCAAUCAUAAUCGAAGGAACUCAAAGAGAAGACAGUUACCACUCUUCACGCCAAAUCCAUUCAGCAGAUAUAACCAAAAGCAUAGGGAAAAUAUGAGAUAUCUGAAAGGUGUUGAACACUUGCAGAUUGUUUCUUAACGAAAAACAUACAAGUUAAGGAUAUUUAUCUCACUAUCCAUCCAUACAGGAUUUGAUAUAUUUGUUUGGAUGCAUAGAUGGUUAGGUAUAUGCAGUAGGGGAAAGAAUUAAGUUCUACAAACAAAUAAAAAGGUGACCAUAUUACAAUUGUAAUUGGAGAAAGCAUUUUUUACAAACUCUGAACAAAACUUUGAGUUUGAGAACAUCCACCUUAGAUACCUGAUG